CUCCUCCUCCUCCUCCAGCCCGGCAGCCAGGCGGCCGCUGCCUCCCGCCCGAGCCGCCGCAGCCGGGACGUGCCGCCGGGAUGGCCGCUCCGGCGGCUCCCAGCCUCCUCCUGCUGCUGGCCGGCGCCGCGGGGCUCAGCCGGGCCUUUUUCUCGCUGCCGCUCCGCGUGUCCCAGCCCGCCGCUCCCCGCGCCUCGUCGGCCGCCCCGCUGCCGCUGAGACCGGGGAGCGCCGGAGGAGGGCAGCGGGACGCCCAGGACGAGGUGGGCGGCCUGGCCUUGGCCUCCGACCCCGCGGGCAGCCUCAACUUUUUGGCCAUGGUGGAGAAUCUGCAGGGAGACUCCGGCAGAGGAUACUACCUGGAGAUGCUGAUCGGGACCCCGCCGCAGGCGUUAAAUAUUCUGGUUGACACUGGGAGCAGUAAUUUUGCUGUAGCAGGUGUGCCUGAUCCUGAUGUCACCUCCUACUUCAAUACAGAGCUGUCAAGUACAUACAAAUCACAAGGGAUCGAAGUCACAGUUAAGUAUAGUCAAGGAAGCUGGACUGGAGUGCUGGGCACAGAUGUCAUUACUAUCCCAAAGGGGAUUGAUGGCAGCUACACCAUCAACAUCGCUACCAUUCUUGAAUCGGAGAAUUUCUUCUUACCAGGGGUUAAAUGGCAUGGAAUUCUUGGUCUUGCUUAUGACACCUUAGCCAAGCCUUCAAGUUCUGUGGAGACGUUCUUUGAUUCUCUUGUGAGGCAGGCAAAGAUCCCCAACAUUUUCUCCUUGCAGAUGUGUGGUGCUGGACUGCCUGUUUCUGGAAGUGGUACCAACGGAGGUAGUCUUGUUCUAGGUGGCAUUGAACCAAGUCUCUACAAGGGUAAUAUAUGGUACACACCUAUCAAAGAGGAGUGGUAUUAUCAGGUUGAAAUUCUCAAGCUGGAGGUUGGAGGACAGAAUCUUGAAUUGGAUUGCAGAGAGUACAAUGCUGAUAAGGCAAUAGUAGACAGUGGGACCACCCUCCUCCGUCUGCCCCAGAAGGUCUUCAGUGCUGUCGUGCAGGCAAUAGCUCGCACAUCCCUGAUACAAGAAUUCUCUUCUGGCUUCUGGUCUGGUUCACAACUUGCAUGCUGGGAUAAAACUGAAAGACCUUGGUCCUUAUUUCCCAAACUCUCUAUUUACAUGAGGGAUGAGAACUCCAGCAGGUCAUUUCGGAUCUCUAUCCUACCGCAGCUUUACAUUCAACCCAUCCUUGGGAUAGGAGAGAACCUGCAGUGCUACCGAUUUGGGAUCUCUUCCUCCACAAAUGCUUUGGUUAUUGGUGCUACGGUCAUGGAAGGCUUCUAUGUAAUCUUUGACAGAGCUCAGAGGAGAGUGGGCUUUGCAGUGAGUCCAUGUGCAGAGGUUGAUGGUUCUCCAGUGUCUGAGAUUGAAGGCCCUUUCACAACCACAGAUGUUGCAAGCAACUGCGUUUCUAGCAUAACUUUCCAUGAACCAGUGUUGUGGAUUGCCUCCUACGCUCUCAUGAGCCUGUGUGGGAUUAUCCUCCUCAUACUGAUCAUCCUGCUGCUUAUUCCACCACGGUGCCAGCAUCGCUACACCGACAAUGACGUGGUCAACGAUGAAUCCUCCUUGGUGCGACAUCGAUGGAAAUGAGAAACUUGAUGGUGAAACCUGGGACUUCAACAGAAUGAAGGACAAAGGACUUUGCCAAGGGGAAGAAGCCAAUGCCUCAGUCCUUUCUACAUCCAUUACAAAUCGUUGUGGAAAGCCCUCCAAAUACUCUGCAUCAUAACUUUUUAAGCUUUAUUUUCUAACACUGAUUCUGAACCAAAGCACUGUUAACCACCUCUCUUAAGUGCUACGGUACUGGAUUUGCUACUACAGUACAAUGAGCCUUUAUGCUCACAAUAGUACCUUUUUUUUUUUUUAAGAAGAACCUUACACCAUGAUGUUCUUCCACUAUCUGAACAAAACUGUCCAUCCCUCUUUCAUAAAAAAAAAAAAAAACAAGCUAUCAGAAUUUUCUAAGUGAUCUGACUGUAGAAAAAGAGAAAAAAAAUUAAUAAUCUUUCUUACUAAUUACAUUAAAUGAAUACUGCAUUGUGUUUACAUCAGUUCAUUUUGAAGCUGUGCUUAUGGUGCGGGGGAAGGAGGAAGGUCAGACACAUGCAGCAGUUAAAGCAAGUGAGGUCAAGAAAAAUGGUGGUUUGGGUUUUUGUUCCUCAAGUUGUCUGCUGCCACUUGAGGGGUCACCAUUCCCAGGUGUCAUUGCAAAAUAGUUUGAGGAGGUAAAAACUGAAAAACAAACUUGUUCAGCCUUAGCGUAAAACAAGACUACCUCUCUUAAUUCACAAGGAUGAUGCCACUGGUAAACAUGUAACUUAGAACUGGUCUUAAAACACAAGACAUCCCAUACAACCAAAUGUAACUCCUGCACUUCUUAGUAGUUGAUAUUAGAGAAAUUAAUACUUAACAACUUUCCAUUUUGGUGCAUAAAAAAGCUUUUCAGUUUCCCCCCGAUUGUGGGGUUUUGUGUGGUUGUUUGUUUGUUUGUCUGUUUAAUUCAGGAUGACUGAUAUAUAGAAAAGGCUGGGUUGCAUAUGUAUAGAUAGAUCCUAUAAAUCUACGGUCCGUGUUCUCUUGUGUCUUUCCCUAUUUCUAGUUAGUGUGUAAAAAAGGAAGCAACAAAACAAAAAAGACAACCCAUUUUUUGCUGAGCUCAGCAUUGUAGAAAAUCAAGAAAAAAGUCUUUCCUCAUGGACAGACUGUGAAGUGAAGAUCUUAAUGCCGGCUUGUUUUUAAACAUGAGCAGCAGUUGGGGGUUUUAGUUUAGCUUCAUUGGUGUGACAGGCAAAUGAAAAAUUUCUGGACUGACUAUCUGAAUACAAACAUGCAGUAAGACUGAAAACAAUAGUGGGAGAGAUCAGGAAGGAGUGUAUUUGACCAGACCUCCACUGUGCAAGCAUACAUCUUAAUGAUGAGGUCACAACACAGUAUUUUCUUUGCAGACAGAACAAUUUUUCAUGUAUUUUGUCAGACAAACAACACAAGGUUGAACAUUCCAAUGAUAACAAGUUAUCUCUUUGAAAAAUAACAGAAAAAAAAUCCUUUGCGUUUCAAUAGCAGAGCAGUUUACAAAUCUACGAGUAAAAAGAAAGUGGUAAAAAAGGAAGCUUAGCUCAGAAUCUCCCAAUCCCUCGUCCAGAAAUUUUUCUGCCUGUAAUCCCUUCCUGCAGUUUUCUGAUUCACACUGCCUUUGCUUCUGACUCUGCAGGGAAUAAGUGAAUAUUUCUUUUUUUUUUUCAGGAUGGUGCUUUUACAGAGGUGCACAUACUAUGUGUGAAAAUAAAGCACCGUUCUUUUUUAAACUAAUGUGUAUAUCACUUCAUAACUAAAAGUGCUAAAAACUUUCCCUUUUAAUUCCUGCAUUUCCGAACUGCUUGACUGCAUAAGGUAAAAUGAUUCGUGUUUUGAUCUAACAUCUGAAAAUGAUUUAAUUUAGAAUUAAGAGUUGAAAGUGGGAGGAAGUUUUGAAUUUGCCUCAUUCCUCCUCUGCCUCUCAGCUUUUAAAUGGAGAAAAACAAUUGCAAGGAACACAAGAAAUAGAGUUUAGGUGUUUUCUGCCUCAUAUACCUUCCAUAUGUCUCUUUCUUCAUGUCUUUUUACUUCAUGUCUUAAAUUUUAAUCAGGUCUUUUAGUACACUUUAUAACAAAACGUUGCUUUGGGUUUUCCUUACAGCAAAAGACUUUGCUUCAUUUCCAGUUCUGUGAUUCAGUUCCACGUAGUCCUCCUGGGUUUGGUUUGACGCGUUAACGAACCUUUUCAAACUUGUAUUCCUUCUUGUAUGGUACAGUAAUACAAGUAAUGCUUUUGUCACCUGUUUCAAACAGAAAUGUGUUGUGCAUGUUUGGAUUGAUACAGCAGUAACCAGUGAGCCCUUUUUCACUUCAGAAAGCACCAACUGUUGUAUGUUCUCUGAAUACGUUAACUUCUGUUUCUUUCUCCCCUCCUGCCUCCUCAUCACAAGGAGUUUUAGGAAGGAAUUCAUUGGGAAAGGUUUCUGGUAUGCUUCUGAUGACAAGCUAGAGUUGUUCUGAGUUGUUUAACAAUGUGUAGAAAAUUUGAUGUAAAAGCCUUUUGUUUUGAAUGUCAUUGGUCAAGACAUUUUAAUAGAAAUGCUUGAAUUACAUGAGCAAUAAUCAAGUAGGACAAAUGAAAUAGUAAUAUAUUCUUGAGUUUUCAUGGCAUCCCUUGCCACUAAAAUUUAGUUUAGUUUAUAGUAAAAUGCUGUUAGUGGCAUCUGCUAGCGGCAGAAAAUUCAUCUUAGCUUGUAAAUUGAUACUUACAUUGGCAGAUAUUCAGGUGAGUAUUGCUUUGUUGCUCUGGCAACAAGAAGAGCAAUAGAAACCCUUGAGGGUUGAUUUUUUAGCCUACAGCACAUUAAGAAAAAUAAUGCUCUUGAGCAUUUUUCCAUGAAAGAUGAAACACAAAGAUAGACUACAGCGUUACCAGGUAUGUCUUACCAGUGAUCGCUUCCCCUGGUGUAUUUUUGUAAAGGAGAGUGCUGUGAGGUAUUUUAUACUCCCGUUAACUAACUUCAGAAAUCAGAUUAAAUCAUACCUGAAGAAAAAAGAAAAAAAGAAAAAGAAAAAAGAAAGAAAGAAAACAACCACCAAAGCCAAAAAGCAGAGCUUUGGAUAAAGAUGGUGCUGGGAUAUAUUCUCUAUUUAUUAUGGAAGACAGGGUACUCUAAAUCACAGCACUCUAAAUCACUCCUUGUAUACAUAUCAAUAUUUGUUGCAGAACCAGCAUUCUCCUAAUGUGAAUGUAAUAUUGUGUACCAUGAAAAUGUCAGAAAGCCAUGUUUUAUUGGAUACAGCCUUUUAGAUAAUUGAUGCUAUCAGUUCAGUCAUUAGGGAUUUGAAGAUGCGUGAUUUGAGUACAAUAGUUAAACCUGAGUUCAGGCAUGGGAAUAUAUUAUUUAUAUCCCACUGCCUUGCAUGUUUUAGAAAUUUUAUCAUAGGCUUUUUGGCUCAAUUUAAGAGCUGAAGAAAACAUGAAGAAUUUUUAUAAGCUUUUUUUUUUUUCAGAUUCAGUAAAAGGAGUUAGGUACAGGGGAUUGUUCUGUUUUAAGGAUUUGUAAGUUGGACCAACUUAAAUGCAAUAUGUCAAGGCAGGGUGCAAUUCCAGUUCUCAGCUUUGAUAUUCCACAAGUUAAUGUAUGGCAAUCACAGUACUACUGGCUUUGCUAUCUCUUGUUAACAGAUUAGUUUCUUAACACUUAACUCUUUAUCAGUUGAUAUCAAAAGAUUCUGCUCAGUGACUUGCAGCAUAUGAAUUUCUGUUUCACUGAAGGAUUAGUCAUUUGUAUACUAACCUUUUCCAGUCUUUUUUUUUUUUUUCCCCUCUUAACAUAGCAUUUUGUUAAAAGACAGAGUAGUUUUUUUCAUUGUCUAAUAAUCCAGAAUGCCUGAAACAUUGAAACGUUCUUUCGGUUCCAUAGAGUUUUCUCAACAACUCUAUUGGUUGGUUGCCAUAUUCUGACCUCCAACAUGAGCCUCAUAUACAUGAGCAAUAGUAGUUCCUCAUCAAGAAGGAAGCUGGUGUGACUGAAGGGAAAGCAAAGAAAAUAAAGGAAAGAGAAAUUAGUAGGAUACCCAUUACUCCACUUCAUUAAAAAUUUUAAGAGCACAACUGAUUAAUCCUUUUAGGAAAGGUCUGUGCAAUCUACAAAGACAAUAGUUGCUGUCAAACUUGACUCUGAUUGACAAAUCGUUCAUUUCUGGGUGGUGAAAUUCCUGCUGCUGUUCAGCGAAGGGAAAGCAGAUGGCAAUGGGAUAUGAGCACUCUUCAGAGGCAGUCAGAUCUUCUGGCUUCUGGAGUCCAAUUAGAUUUUAGGUCAGUCUUGUGAAUAAUCUGGAGUCCUGGUAAUUUCUUCUCAGGAACAUUACCUGAAAUAAAAUUGUUGCCUUCAGCCAAACCCCUGAAUGGAGUGAACCCAUACUGCAAAAUCUACUGCUAAGAAUUGCACUAACUGACAAAGGGGUAAGGUGAACUGAGGCUGGCUGGUUGUGUGAAAGGAUGAGAUGCUAAAUCACAGAGUCUUCUGCCAGACUUUCAGAUCAAGGCUGAGGUUCCUCGGUAGAGAAGAAUAGGAAAGCAAUUGCAAUUGCUGCUGUAAAUGCAACCACACCAGCUAAUCAUCUGGCUUUUUGAUAAGAGAACAUGUGCUUGAAUAUUUUGGAAAGGGCACUCUGUGGUGCUUAUUGCUAUUACUGGGAAUUAUCCACCCAUAAGUGAACAAAGGGUGCAGUCAUCUUUCAGUAAGAUCACUGGCCUGCUACUGAAUAAUCCCCUCUCCAGAUAACAAAGCACUUAGUGGUAUUUCUCACCCAUUAGUAAGUAACAAAAUGGGUUACUUUAAAACAUGUUGACAUCAGCCACUGUACAGUCAGUUUGCUUUUUUAUUCUGUUCGCUACAUUUAGGUUUUGCUGGAUCUUAGUGGCCAUAUAGCUUUUGAAAUGUUGGAAAUUUUAGAUUAAUUGUAAAAUACAUAUGCAUAAAACAUAUAAGGUAAUUCUCAGCAUUUAAGUAAGAGCAUUCAGUAACACUGAGUGUUCUCUCAUGCUUUAAGCCGGUGAUAAUCAUUUCAAAUCAGUGUAUUUAACUUCUGUCCUGUUAAUUCACUGUCUGUGAAUCUUCUGAUUUUCUGAAAGUCUCUGACCACCACACCUACUUCCCCCAAAAGAAGUUCCAAAAAAGCCUCGUAUCCAAAAUUCAACCUACUAACAAAAGAUACCAUUUUCUUGGUCACCCUUCACAGACCUGUUUUAAAGCACUUUGUGAAGCUUUAGAAGUUAACUCUGGAUUGAAAAUAGUUGCAGUCAGGUGGUGAGCCUGGAAGGAGAGAAUUAGAGCCAAAACUCCACCUGUGAAAGGGAUCCCAGAACUUGUCAGAGUGCAAAGAACCCCUUUACACUUCUGAGUACAGCUCCUGGACUCUUUCACUUCUCACUUGGACAAAGUUUAGCACUGGUGUUCCUCUCUGGUUUGUACUUAUCGCCCCAGAUUGCUUGGAAAGCAUUUGGUGUAGCACUCUCCUUCCUUCUUGGACUUAUUUCCCAACAUAUUGAACUGAGUGUAGCUCAAGGAAUACUGCGUAACCCAUGGCAGACCUUUGGGUAAUAUACCCUGGAAACUGCUGACAUGUACACAUAUUUUUCCUUGUUCUCUGCCUUAUGGAAUACAGGGGUGGAGGGAGGACUACAAGGAGCUGUGAGAGUCAAUGCCAUUCUGUAAGCAGGUGAUGGCCCCCAAUGGAAGGCCUGGCUGGUUUUGUACUGCCACGAACUACAGUCAAUCCCUUAGUGACUUCUGGCUCUUCCUUCUGAAUGAGAAACUUCUACUUUUUCAAGUUGAGCGACUCAACUUGAUUUUACAGCGAUGUGUAGUUAGGUAAAAUACUUGAAUAAACUGCAUUGUUUGUAACCAUUGUAUUCCUGUUUGAAGUGUACCUUCUCUCAUAGCUAUGUCAAACCCUGAAGGGUAUGUUUAUCCUGAGUUGUUAGAGGCUAAUCAUGUAACAGUGUUUAAAUGGCUGUGUUUGCAACACAGGUGUCCCCUGGAAAAUCCCGGGCAAAAUAAAACAGGUUCAAGUGAGGCAUACUGAAACGACAAAUGACAAUUUCUUGAUAGCACCAAGGCAUGGAUUACUGCAAUACCUCCUGGGAAAACUGCUUCUCUAGCCUCUGUGUGUGUAUAAAACUACACAAGGUUGAGUUUAGAUGAUUUAUCUGAACCAACUCCCAUUUUUUAUUAAAAAAUAAAAAAUAAAUGGAGAUAUAGAAAUCUUUGACAGCUAUCACUACAUCAGCUGUUAUUUGAUGGUUCCUCAGGAAGCAUGGAAAGGUCUUCACCAUCAAGGAAAUGAUUCCAUGUAGUAGAGGCAAAUCUUCACCUCAUCAGAUGAUGAGAGGCAACACUGACUGAAUGGAAAACAGGAUCAAUACUUUGAAAAAAGGAGUACAGUCUCUUUUAUUAUUAUUAUUUCCAUUCAGUCUUCAGGUUAUAUUAGGAUAUCUAUCCCAAUUACUACCAAGCCUCAUUACUGGAUUUUCCAAAAGUUGGUAUUUGGCACUUUCAGGCCUUGCCAUUUCCAGAUAAACACUAUGUAAAAGUCAAAUUUUCCGCUGCUUAAAAUAAAUGAUUAAUUCUUUCAA